UUUAAAAGUCAUUAUUUAAGUAAAUGAGGACGAUCGAUUAAAAAAAGGCUUUUACAUGCAUCAGGACGUUGAUGUUAUUCGGUCGAUUUAAUUCGCUCAGACAGAGACGGAUCGUAGACAAACGUAUAGAGAUCGUAUUUUCCCAGCGAACGUCGAUACUGCGAGUAAGAGCGGCACGUCAGCAGCGCCGGGGUUAAUCAUGGCGCCAUGUAGAACGGUGACAUUCCUCGCGGCCGUGAAAGCCACUUUAUUAAAUUCGAUCUGCAUGAAUCGCGAGCUAAUAACAACGCCUCAGUGGGCAGCCAUUACAUUCUAUCCGUUUCAGCUGUACUGUUCUGCACUUUCCUGCUAUACUUCUUUUUUUUUUUCUUUCUUUUUCUCGACGCUCGAAUCUACAAAAUCGUGUCAAACGCGUUAGAUGAAAGGAACAAACAUCGAAUCGGAAUAGAGUUUAAUGAUGUCGGUUGCAAAAUACAUCCGCAGCGUCGAUCGACAUGCAAAGGAUAUUAUAGAUCUAUACAUUUUUUAUAUUUCAAACCGCAAUGAGAUAAUAAACGUGAAUUUUGCAUAUAUAAGAUACAAAAGGAAGGAAGCGCGAUGUAGCAGGUGUGUUGUGAGACAAACAGACUUGGUGUUGUUUUGCCAAGAAAAUCGGAGAUUACGAGAGGAAAAGGAAGUUACGCGGAUCUGUUUCCGACAAACACACUGCCGACUGGCGCACACACCUUCACGCAUGACUCCGCGAUAAUGAUGCAAGCUUCGCGUAGCUCGACACUUUUUCUGAUGAUUGCGAUAUCGCGACGACGUUAUCGAUAUCGGGGCCAAGUAAUGACUUGAGUAUGUGAUCUUCUCAUUCGUGAACGUGCAGUAACGAUCGCGGACGCGCUUUUACGCGAUAGAUCCGUUUCGAUGAGAGCGGAGAAAGAGGAGGAGAAGCUUGCGCAAGGUCGAGAAACAUGGUGGUGGAAAACGGUGGGGCACAAAUUAUUUCUAUGAUUUCUUGGCCGGAAGAUAAUCUUGCAGUGGCGGAUUCAUCGUCGGCUAGAAAGAACGAAAUAAAGAAAUAAAAAAAAAGGGGAGCAUGGCGGAGCACCACCGUCGUCGCAGUCGCAGUCCUCGUUGCGGCGUGUCUGGAUCUCUUCCAUUGUGAGGAGACACAGACGUACGCACGCACGCAUGCAUUCUCGCGCGCUCAUACGAACGCAUGUCCGUGCGGACCAUAUUUCCGUAACGUGAACCGGAAUCUGUUGAGACCACACGCGUGACAGCGGCCAUCGACGACAACGCGACGACGACGACGACGACGACGACGUCGGAAGAAGCAGCGUCGCGCACGUCGAUGGUCGGCGCGACGCUGACGGAUCGUGAUAUCGCUCCGAUAAAGGUUUUUUUUAAUCGCUGAUCGGGAGCGGAGCUCGAGGAUGACGGGGCCCGACGCGCUAGAACGUGGAGACUGGUGAAUAUAAUUAAUUUCUGCGCGGAGCGCCAUGUUCGGUGCGGCGGGCAAGGGUGAGCGGAGAAGUCUACGCGGAAGUGCACGGCAGUCGUCCAAGAUGCCGGGAAGACUGCCCCGGCUGCGUGCACUGCGACCGCGACCGCAGCAACAGCAGCAACGACAGCGAGCGAAGAGCGACGUUAUCGCCGCCGUCGCCGUUGACACGAUACGCAGGUCGGAAGGUAACCUUAAAGAAGCGCUCGCGCGUCACGAGGAGGAGGCGAAGAAAUGCAGCGCGAAGAAAACCGAAGACAGAACGAUGGACGUUGCGACAAACGAGAUGGACGGCGACGACGACGAGGACGAUAACAACGUUGAUGACAACGAGCUGACGAUGACUGUCGUCGCCGAUGAAGAAGUGACUCCGGAUGGCGAAAUCGAUGUUGAUUUCGCGGUGAAAUCCGAAGAAACGAUUGAUCUCGAGACUGAACGCGCUUCGUACGAGUGCAAAAGUUGUAAUCCUCCCAAAACGUUGCCGAGCAUCCAGGCGUAUUUCGAGCACCUCCAAAAGGAACACAAAUAUAAGGGCAAAAACGGACACAGUCCAGUCGAAAAUCAUUGCCCUGCGUGUUCGUAUGUCGCAUUGAACGUGAAAGAUCUCGAAAGUCACCAAAGACUGCAUCAUUUGAAAAGAAAAUUCUUUCGUUGCGGAAAAUGUGAUUACGUGACGCAUAUCAGAGCGCGUUAUACUAAGCAUGUUAAAUAUCAUUCUCUGCCGAUGAUCAAGUGCGAUGCUUGUGAUUUUAGUUCAGCGUAUAAGUGGAAUCUAGAAAGACACAUGAGGAAUCAUGGAGGUGGAGGUGCUUUCAAAUGUCGUGCAUGUAAUUUUACCGCUGAUAUCCGACAGAGCUUGACGGUGCACGAAUCUUAUCAUCAUGAUCCACCUGUGGGUCAAGUCAAUCGCAAAAGUAAUAACGCUUUCGAACGUAAGCCACGAAAUAGUCCAAAACGUUACAAUCAGGUUGGAGCGAGUGACUUUCGUGAGGCGUUGAACAAAACCGGAAGUAUAACCUCGAUCAAUUCCGUCGACUCGUUCAUGGAUGAUUCGAUAAUUUCGAUAGAGGAUAAGCAAAGCGCCUUGGCCAACGCGGAAUGCAUCGCGCUGAAGUGCGAGGAAGUGGGCUGUCAGUUUAUAACAGCCUGGGAUUCCGAGAUGCAGCGUCACUUAACCGAAUGCCAUGCGCCGAUUUCUGUGUCCAAACUGAGCAAACCACUGCCAAGGUUAAUACCAUUGAAACUAGCCAACUCUUCGCCAAAUAACAAGCCGAGCAGUAGCGGACCGCCGACAACUUUGCUGAGAGUUCCGCGCGUUAGGGUGAGACCCGAAUUGGCGCAAAUCGCGAGGGACACCGAGCUGGCCAAGAUGUACGCAAAUAAGGAGGCGACGAAUUCUAAGAGAGAUGCGGCCGAUAUAUUCGAGAGAAAGAACGCCUCUUUUUUCGAUAGAAUUAAGGAAAAACUGACGACGACAGCGACGUCGAUUAAUAACGGCGUGCCAGAGGUAGCCGUAAGUAACGCCAACGACUUGAAAUGCUGGUGUACAUUUAAAGCUAGUAGCAUGGAGGAGCUGGCUUGCCACAAACAGACACACCACACCGCGCUCAGCGUAUCCGUGGGCACGUCACGUUGUCCUAAGUGUAGAAGACGUUGCAAGAGUUCCACAGAACUGCAAAUGCAUAUGCAACGCUGCCAUUCGCGCAACAACGCAACGUCCAUCGAUAGUAGUUUAGAGAAAGUAACGAAUUGCUCGGAUGUCCGCAUGACCUCGUACCGUGGCGAGUACGCUUCCGCCGCGCAAAUGGACUGGGACGCGAAUCACAGGAGACCGAAUUCUGGAUCCUCGGUUGAAGGUGGUCCGACGCAUCCGAGCGGGCGGCGGGUAUUCAAAUGUCCCCAUUGUCCGUUUUGGGCUUCCACCGCAAGUCGCUUUCACGUUCAUAUAGUCGGUCAUUUAAACCGGAAGCCGUUCGAGUGUUCUAUGUGCGCGUAUCGUUCUAACUGGCGAUGGGACAUCACAAAACAUAUUAAGCUUAAAGCGGCUAAAGACGCAGUGCAUACGAGUGCCAGAGUGCUCAUGACGGAUGAGACAGGCCGACGGAAUUAUUCCAAGUAUAACAAAUAUCUCGCACAGGUGGAACAGCAGUCGUGGGAUGAGGAUCACAUGGAGGAGCGUAGCAUAGAGGAAACGAAUACGGACGAGUCAUCGACGAAAUUGGUGAUUGUAGGCAAUAAGGAUCACGGUGAAGUGACCGGCGCCGCCGUCACGAUCUUGCCGUCAAACGAGGCGAAUCAAAACGGUGGCUUGCGACCACCGCCGCCGCUCAAGGCAGCGGUCAAAAAUCGCGGGCAGUCCUUGCUGAAAAACAAUCCUGUCACGAUGCAUGUGCAUACUCCUAGUGGCGGCGGCGCGGUCUUCAUAUCCCCGGCGACCGACGAGAACAAACGCACUCAGUGGAAGUGCAAACGUUGCAAUUACCGUGAUCCCAACAGAGAGAACGUGUUGCAGCACGUUAAAUCUCAUUACGAAUCCGUUGAAGAGCCCGCCGACGAAAAAAAUCUAUUUGAUUGUCGGGAUUGUCCAUUUUCGGCGCCGGACGCUGCCACGUUGUCUCUACACAGGAUGCACCAUCGACCGAACUUAGAAGCUAUAUUCAAAUGCUAUCUCUGUCCAUACUACGUUAGUACAAAGGCAGAACUGCUGGAGCAUGCUAGACUCCACGGAGAAGAGCUAGCGGCUAUUCAUCGUCAAAACAUGGAUUUCCCUCCAAGUCCGAAAAAACUGCAACAAGUGUCAAUUUCCGAAAGUGGUGUUAAUCGAUUGAAAGAAGAGACAUCCAUGGAACAAGUGAUUCAGAUAACGUCACGCAACAACGUAACGUUAACUCCAAAGGUGUUGGAAGCCCCGCUGCCGCUGCCGCCUCCGUCGCUACUUUUGGACACCCGCGCCUUUCCGGACAUUCCGUUGGUCUGGGUUAUACGACCGGACGGCACGUUGAUGAAGAUGCUCAAGUGUCGCCACUGCCCGUACGUUUCGUCGCGGUACGCGGAGGUCCGUGAUCACGAGACGAUGCACGUGGACAUGCCAGCGCAGGGGCCAUUGAUUGCCUGUACAGAUUGCAGCUUCACUUGCACGCGUCGUGAAGUCAUGAUCGCUCAUACGGAUAUGCACGCGGGAUCCCAGGGCAUCGUUUACUGUCUCGUGGACGAGACACGGCCGGAUUUGCAACAGCUAAGCGAUGUAGCGUCCCUGCUUAACAUGAGGGACACUCCUGCACUGGGCGCCGAGCCGGAUCUACACGAUUCCCGUCUGGUGCACUGUUGCGGCAAGUGCCCGGCGCGGUUUCUAUGCGAGAAGGAGUUGCGCAUCCAUUUGCGCUAUCACUCGACCGAGUUGGCGUAUACGUGUCAAUGGUGCUCGUACGCGGCGCGGCAGCCACAGCACUUGCUGACCCAUCAGAAGGCUCAUUCGACGGAGUAUCAAGAUCGCACCAAGUAUCUGCUGUCCGUAUACGGACACUCGCAACGUUAUCCACCGCCCGCGACGGCAUGCGUCGAGGCCGGGAAUCAGGAGACCAACGAAGGCACGUCCAACGUCGCGUGGAUUGUCGUUGAAAUCAACGAGAGCUCCUACAACAGCGCUACCAAUCAAAGGACCGACAAUCAGGUGUUCACGUGCGCCAAGUGUCCGGCGCGCUACUUCAAACUCGACGCCCUGGAGUAUCACAUGACGCUGCACGGUUCCAACAAUCGGUACAAGUGCAACGACUGCGACUACUCGUCGAAAACCGCGCAGAACCUGGUGAAGCACCAGGUGGUGCAUCGACGGCAGAACGACAGCGGUAGCGAGAUAGCUGUGACUCCCGUUCCCGCCGCAUCCGCCUCCGCCGCCGCGAUUCUGCAGCCACCGCCGGAUCCGCAAUUCGGCGUCUUCAUGCGCGGCAAUCCCAACUUCGUUUAUCCGGGCUAUCUGCGAAACGGCCGUCUGAAGGAGAAGCGUUACAAGUGCCACAAGUGUCCGUCCGCCUUCGAGAAGCGCGAGCAGUACAGGAUUCAUCUGACAUUGCACGGCGCGAAGCAGCGUUACCGCUGCGACACGUGCGACUACUCGGUCAAAUACUAUGCGAAUUACGUGCAGCAUCUGAAGAAGCAUCAGGCAAACGCGGAGGCGCAGGCGUUGCGCAGACGAUUCGAGGACGACAGGAUCUCCGUGGAUAGCGACAGCAUCCCCGACGUCACCAUAUUCACAUCGCGUUCCGGUAAAACCUUGCGAUCGACCACCGGUGCCAUUAACACGUCCAGCAGUAACGCGUCUGCCGUGAACGCUGCGCUGCAAACUUCAAAUCAGGAUAAGCAGAGCCUCCUGUUGAUGCAGAAGAAGGGAAUCAUCUCGCCGACGGGCGACACCAAUACGGAAACGAUCCGCUGCCAGAACUGUCCGUUCUCCACCAUUGACAAGGACGCCAUGGACGCUCACAAGCGUCGCCACGGCAUCGAGCGCAUGACACCGCCGUGCCCGCACUGCAACUACAUUCCGCGCAAGGACGAGAAUCUCAACGAGCACAUCAAGCUGCAUUUUACACGACUGUAUAAGCCCGAAGCAUAUCUCAUCGUUGAGCUAUUGACGUUAAUGAUGGAGAAGGUACCUGCGAACGGCAAGGAGCUAAAGGACAAGGUCAAUCAGCGGACAAAGGAGAUUCUGUUCAGAGAGAGCGCCGACGGUAAAUUCCUACCAUUUACCGAACCGACGCACUCUACCUCUCUAAGUAAAUCCACGACGAAGAACACGUCGAAGCAGAAAGUCAUCGUGGAUCCGAACACGGGCGAAACUAAAAAUCAUUCCGCGUAAUUUCUAUUUGUUGAUUACGAUCACGCGGACAUUUAUGUUUUUAUGCAUUUUUCUAUAUAAGAAUCGCAAUUGACGAAAUAUAUACGUGCGUUACCAUCUCGCGAAUGAUAAUUACUAUACAAUUGAGUAAACAAAAUAUAACGAAACGCGGUAGAUUUGAUCAAAUUAUUAUAUAAUAUAAUAUCAAUUCGAAUAAAUUUAUGCAGAGAGAAUCUGUUGACAGAUUUUGCUCGACGCAAUAAAAAUACGCUAAUUUAUUGAAAUAUUUGUUCGGUGUACUGUUAAUAUUUUGCUUACCGACUUAUAACAGACACUUUGCGAAAUACUGUUUUCAUAAACUUGAUUGUUGAUUACUGCAAAUUAUAAAAAUAAGUAAUUUUGUUUUCGGUGCAAUUAAUGAGUAAUAUAUCAGGAAUUAUCGUCGUAAAGUUAGAAAUAAAUUUUUAUGAGAUUAGAGAGAUAAAUGAAUAUAUAAUACAUGUGAAUAUAUAAUACAUGCUUUGUUCGAUUAUAUUUGUUACUUUUUGUAUUCACGAUUGAUUAAAACAUUGUUGAAUAACUUCGAGCGAUAAUGAGUGUGCGUGUACAUACUCGACAUAUAUACGAAGUGGAUCAAAUAUAUAUUAUAUUUUGUUAAUUCGAUGGCGCUACACGAGAGAUGCCACAUGAUCCUUAAUGUACAUAUUUAUUUGAGAUUGUCAGUCUUGUACAAUAAAUGAUAAUAAAUGCUCAUAUUGUAUACAUAUA